AAAAGCUGCCCGACUCAGAAACAAACCAGACAGACACUGAAGCCUCAUCAAAUACUUUCACCCACCAAGAUGUCUGCAGAAGUUCAAGCUGCAGCAGAUUUUAGAGUGAAAUAUAGCAGAAGGACCCACAGUGAUGGACGAGAGAGAGAGUACAGCGAGGUGCAGAUGAUAGAUGAUGGAGAACAGCAUCCUGAUGUUGGGUUACAAGAAGCUGGUGAUGAUACUCAGAAGAAGCUUCCAGCUGGGAAAAGAAGCAGUUUCAGGGGUUUUGAAGUGAACCUGGGAGUGCUGUAUCUGCUGAUUCUGGCUGCAAUCACGACACGCUACUUCUUGUUGUCUGUACUCUAGCCAAAUACAAAAAGAAAAUAAAACAAAACAACUGAACUGCAUCAAUCAAUAGUGCAAAAUAUGAAAGUAGGCUAAACUACUGGAGGAAAAGAUGGCUAUAGCCACUGUGACUUCACCUGAUGGAUGAAAUGUGUUUGAAACAGGAUGUGGAAUGUAUCUGAGUAAGCAGCUGAGGAAAGAACAGGCUAACCUAACAAUCAGUCACAAGUCAUUAGCCACUGAGCAGACCCUUAAUAACCUUACUCAUAGAACGACCGUAUGUUACAAAUUGACUUAAUAUUCUGUUCAAUAAGACAUGAAGCUGAUAUGUAGUUUGGGUGUCAUUCUCAAUAUUUUGUUCACAACACUGUGACGUACCGUAGGGAAAACUUUUUGAUGUUUAAUUAUGGACUGAGAAAAACUGAAAAACAAUUUAGUAACUUUAGUCACAUGAAAUCUUAAACAACUUAACGUGUUUUUCUAUCAGGCAACAGAAAAAGGUGUUACUGACAAAGAGACAUUUCCUGCUUUGUGCACACUGUGAGCAUGAGGUAUGAAUGUGGUUGUGGUUUGUUUCACCACGAGCUCAGCUUAUGUUAAACAAAGAAAAAUGAAAUUAUUCUUGUUUCAUGCAAAAUGUUUUCACAGUUUUUCUGAGUGGCUUUGCAAAUAUAAAUACAAUGAAAUGUUCUAUUUGUGGGUUCCACCACACUGGAGGUUUUUAUGCACAUUAAUUAAAUGAAAGUUUGGGUCUGUGUUUCCUUACAUGCUGCCACUUCCUCAAAACGUCUUCCUGUCUGAAAGCAGAGAGCAGGCUGGACAAGAACAGAACAGAACAGCUCGAUAUCUACCAGGGUCAGUACUGCAGGACUGUUAGAGGACAGUUUAAACUCCUGCUCAGCGUCUCAGUCCUCUCAAGAUGUCCUCAGAUAUUUAUGCAGAACCAGAUCUAUCAAAGAAGGUGAGAUACAGCAGAAAGGAGCAGGAGGACAGAGCAGAGUGGGAGCAGAGGGAGGUGGAUAUCUACGAGAAUACAGAUGAGAUCAGAGAUAGUUAUGAUCAUUUUAAAUCAGAGGAAGGAGGACCACAGACUCAGAGUCCUCCUUCAGUCCAGAAGGGCUCUUUCAGAUGUGCUACACUGGCUCUAAGAGUGCUGUGCCUCCUGAUGUUAGCUGGGAUCAUCAUCCUGUCCAUAUGCUAUGCUUUGAACAAGAGUCAACUCCAGGAUGAACUUCAAGACACAAAAACCAACCUGACUCAGUUACAGAGCAGUUAUGAUAAACUGAGUAAAAACCACAGUCAGCUACAGGAAGAAGUGAAGAAGCUGAAGGAGAAGAUAGAAGGAAAGUGGUGUCCUGAAGAAUGGACGAGAUUUGGAAGCAAGUUUUAUUUUAAAUCCACUGAGAGGAAAACUUGGUCUAACAGCCAAAAACACUGUAAGACCAGAGGAGCUGAUCUGGUGAUGAUAAACAGCAAAGAGGAACAGGAAUUUAUCAGGAACAUGAGAGGAGGGUCCUGGAUUGGUCUGACAGGAUGGAAUUAUGAAUGGGAAUGGGUGGACGGAUCAGCGCUGACACAAACGUUCUGGGCAGAAGGACAUGGGAAUCCCAGUUCUGGUUCCCGUGGAGUCUGCUGUGAUGAUUCUGGGAGAUGGACAGGGUCACAUUAUUCUGAAUCAAAGACCUUCAUCUGUGAGAAAUGAGUUUGGUGCUUUGAUGUAAAUGUUUGAAUAAUCCAACCAAAGACACCUCACUAUGAAAUGUCCUGCAUGAGCCUCAGACUCAGCUCACAGUUGUUACUUGUUCAUUCUGCAUCAUAUAUUGAUUACAUAUAUUGUCCCUCUGUGCUCUGUGCUGUACAGUAAGGUUGGAAGUCAUCCACACAAAAACUUGAAGUACUUCAUUACUCUGUAGUUCCAGCAAAUUGUUCUAAUAAAAGUCAAAGUGCAGCUUGUCUUUACUUUGGUUUACUUGGUUUAUUCAUCAGUCUGUUGGUCCUAAAACUACAGUUCUGGUUUUUAACCCUUUACAUUUAAAUUCCAGUUUAAUGCUUUUUUAUUAUUUUUACAAAGAAAAUAACAAUAACUAUUUUUUCUCCCAGUGUAAUGAAUAUUUGAAGAUAAGACUCUAAUCACCACCAGUGACCUCUGUCAAAGUUCAGCAACAAAUUUGAUUUGUUUGCAUUAAUAUUUUAAUGUAGUGUCAGAUUUAAAAUGUUUCAGUCUUCAGACAAAAUGAACAAAAUCUGUAAUUGUCUGCAGCGUCCCAAACGUGUCAGCUCUAAACUGAAGAUGUUUUGUGCAUUUUAACAUCGUUGUGUAACGUGUUGCUACAUCUCUGGUCACAGGCUGCCAUGUAGGUCACAGCACGGGGUACAGCUCAGUGUAGAUUUAACAUAAACAUAUAAAGGAAGGA